AUGAUGUUCUUAGAUGGAGACAGAAGAAAUAGUACACACCUCUCUUUUGAACCUUUCGUUUUGCAUUGA